UUAAUUUUUAAUUCAACAUACAAUUUCAAAUGAUUUAAUUAAAAUAUAUUUUUUUUCUUUUUCCUUUUUCAUUUCAUCUAGAUCUGAAGUACUUAUACAAUUAAGUGAAUUAGAUUUUCAUUCAUGUUCAUUUAUAACCAAUCAAUCCAUAUCAAAAUAUUUAUUAUCACAUGAAUUAAUUGAAAUUAUUGAUUUACGUAAUUGUAAAAUAACAUAUAAAAUAUUUCAAUUAUUAACAAAAUAUUUUCCUCGUUUAACAACAUUAUAUAUUGGUCAAACAGAAGAUGUUUCUGAUAGAAAUUCAAAUGUCGAUGAAUUUUUUCUAAAAAUUUAUUUCGAUCCAAAAUAUUAUUUAAAAAAAUCGAAAUUAAAAUAUCUUUCAUUAGAAGGUAUUUAUACAACAACAAAUAAUGAAUUAAUUGAAGAGCUUUUUCAUAAUUCAUUAACACAAUCAAGUGAACAAAUACGUUUUCUUGAUUUAUCAAGAAAUUCAUCGCUAAAUAAUUUAACAUAUAUUGAUUGUUUUAAACAUAUACAUUCAUUAAUACUCUAUGAUAUAUUACCUGAUACAAUUGAAUUAGCAAUUGAUUCAAUAUGUACUUUAAAAGCAUUAGUUUUACUUGAUUUAUCAUUUACAAGACGUGUACAUGAACCACAUAAUUAUUCAAAACCAACAAUAACUUUAGCAAAAUUAAUCAGAUCAUUACCGAAAUUACUUUCAUUAGAUAUAAGUGGAACAAAUUUAGCAGGAGCCUUUUCAUUUAAUUCAAAUGAAGAAUUAGCAUAUAUAAAAAAAGAACUGUCAAUUGAUGAACAUGAAACUUUUACAAUACGAUCGAGUAUAGCUGGUUUAUUAUUAUUAAAACAUGAAUUAGAUUUUUUGGGACUAUUUGAUGUUGAAGAAAGGGGUUCAGCUAGACAAUGGUUACCAGCAAAAAAAGUAAAUAUAAACAAAUAA